CCAAAGAUAACAAUAUUCUCUUUUCUUUAAUUUCCCUCUCAAAUUAGUAACUAAAAUAAGAAACCAUGAGAACGAUGGUUGAUUUAGGAAAGCAAAGAAAUCAUCAUCGCAUGCAAACCAUAAAUACUCCAACGACCGUCGACUGCGCCAGUGAACUCCGUCAUAGACGAACUCUCCGUUCACUCAUCGAAUGUAUGCUCCCAUACUGUUGCACUUACCAACAACCUUCUCCUUCUUACCAAAACGACACCGUCUCAGUCUCUUCCUCUUCCUCCUCCUCAGACCACUCCUCCUCCUCCUCACAUAGUAACAGCAUCGUAAGUGGAACUUUCUUCGGGCACCGUCGUGGAAGAGUCAGUUUCUGCCUUCAGGACGCCUCCGUGGGUUCUCCUCCGCUUCUCCUCCUUGAGCUAGCUGUUCCCACGGCAGCUUUAGCCAAAGAGAUGGACCAAGCAGGUGUUCUACGCAUAGCCCUAGAGUGUGACCGUCGUCGAAGUAGCAGCAACACUCGAGUAUCGUCGAUCUUUGACGUUCCUGUGUGGUCUAUGUAUUGCAACGGAAGGAAGAUGGGGUCUGCUGUGAGGAGAAAAGUGACGGAGAACGACGCCGUUUUCUUGAAGAUGAUGCAGUCUGUUUCGGUAGGAGCUGGAGUUGUGCCGUUGGAUGAGGAGGAGCAGACGCUUUACUUGAGAGCGAGGUUCGAGCGGGUCACUGGGUCGGUUGACUCGGAGUCGUUUCAUAUGAUGAAUCCUGGUGGUAGUUAUGGACAGGAGCUUAGUAUAUUUCUUUUGAGAUCGUGAGGUUGAUCAGUAUGGUGUGGUUAUAUUAUAAUAAGAUUCUUGUCUUAGUUCAUGCACAUUGUAAAAGUAAAACUACCUAAAGGGUAUAAUAUGUAUUAUGCAAUUUAAUUACCCUGGUCUAAUGGGUUAUUGAGAUAUAUAUAAUUGGAUUCUCCA